AUGGGUUGCACUUUAAGCGUUUCGACAUCUCAAGAUGAAAACGAUCCAUUUCUACAAAGCAAACGAGCCAAUGCGGCGAUCGAACAGUCGCUGCAAUUGCAGCGACAGAAAGAACGGAACGAGGUGAAACUGCUGUUGUUGGGUGCUGGUGAAUCUGGGAAAUCUACCGUUUUGAAACAAUUACGAUUGAUGCACCAGGGUGGGUUCAGUGACCAAGAACGAUGUCAGUACAAACAAGUCAUUUGGGCAGAUGCCAUACAAUCGCUCAAGAUUCUUGUUAUUCAGGCGCGUCGUAUGAACAUUCCGCUUGAUUGUGAUGACCCACAGGCAAACAGAACGUUGUUCGAAUACAAGCGGAUUUUGAUGCGGUCCAGACCUUUGGAGCUUAUCGAUGCUAGUAUUGCGGGCGGAUCUGGGUUUUUAAACGACUACGUGCUCAAAUAUUCGGAAAGAAGCGAAAAUAAACGGCGUGUACAAAGCACGGGUCGAGUUGAAGCGUUUGAAAGGGCGUCCUUGAAUGAACAUUUGUUACCGGGUGCAAGCGAGGGUAAUGACCCGGAUGCAUUGACAAUUCAAGAGAUUUCGGAAGGGUUGGCCGAAGCUGGGACCUUGAACGGGGGCGGGAGUCAUUUUUUACAGCAGCAAAAUGCAAAUUUGGCCGCGCGCAAUUACAGUUGUGAACAAGUAGCAGAAGCGAUAUCGCAAUUGUGGGCCCACGAUCGUGGAAUUCGGCAAUGUUAUGCACGCUCCAACGAAUUCCAACUGGAGGGAUCCGCCGCUUACUAUUUCGAUAACAUCAAGAAAUUCGCACAACCAGACUAUAUUUGCUCCGAUGAGGAUAUCCUUAAGGGCCGCAUCAAAACCACGGGAAUCACCGAGACAAGUUUUAAUAUCGGCUCGAGUAAAUUCAAAGUCCUUGACGCUGGCGGUCAGCGGUCAGAAAGACGCAAAUGGAUUCAUUGCUUUCAAGGCAUCACGGCAGUGCUUUUCGUCCUAGCGGUAAGCGAGUACGAUCAAAUGCUGUUCGAAGACGACCGCGUGAACCGAAUGCACGAAUCUAUCAUGCUUUUCCAGACUUUACUCAAUUCCAAAUGGUUCGUCGAUACCCCGUUCAUUUUGUUUUUGAACAAAAUCGACAUUUUCAAAGCCAAACUGACCAGUUCUCCCAUAAGAAAAUAUUUUCCGGAUUACCAAGGCCGUGUAAACGAUGCAGAAGCCGGUUUAGCGUAUUUCGAAAACAUUUUUUUGAGUUUGAAUAAAUCUAAACGACCCAUCUACGUUCAUCGAACUUGUGCUACAGACACGAGAAGCAUGAAAUUUGUUUUAACCGCAGUGGCUGACUUGAUUAUCAACCAGAAUCUCAAGAAGAGUGGCAUGAUAUGA